AUGUACUUCCCUAUGCGUCCAAUGCGUCCUGUUCUCCAGCCAGUGGCGCCGGUCAAAGUAACUGCAAGGAUGGAGAUCGAUGGUGAAAUUCAUGAGGUUCGCUAUGGGCCAGGAGAGGACUUUGAAUCCCCAAGUGAUUUCUUCCCACCUUGCAAGGCCACGCUGAGACUUCCGUGCCAAGCCAUGUUGAAUCUCGUACAGUCUUCAGGGCUCCUGGAAGAGUUGCCAUUGGAUGCCACAAAGACUCUUCAUGUGGCACUGCCGUUUUGUGGCAGUAUGCAAGAGCUACUUGUGCUUACGGAUUUCUUCUCCAGACAAGUCUUAGGACACCGCGUCAACAAGAUCGCGAUCUUGGGUUCCGAUUUGUAUGACUGGAAUUUGAAAGGUGGCUACUGGAAACAGAAGGAAUUGCACAUCCGCAGGCGACAGCCUGGUAUCGAUGUGAGAUUUUGUCAGUUGGACUUGGCAACGUUUCAACAUCCUCCUGCUUCUUUGAUGUUUGCCAUUCACCCAGAGUGCACAGUUCAAGUUGAUCUGUGGAGGAAGAUUCUGUCCAACAUCAUCUCCGCAUGCGUAGGCCUUUGCGUUGUUGUAACCUUUUCCGAAGAUGAGGCGAAGGUGGUUUCUGGCGUUGGCCAAGCUCUCCACCGGCGCUGUCAAGUGCAUCAAAACCCAUACUACCAGAACUCCACGAACAGUUCUGCAGGGUCUGCAGGUUCUGCAGGCCCUGCAGGUGCACCACUUCCUCCUUUCAUGAAGUUCAUCGUCCUGCUGAGCACACAGACGCCUCCAGGCGGAUGA